UGGUGCGCUAGUCCGGGCGGGGGGAGCAGGAGGGAGCAGUGGUGGUGAUGAUGGAGGGUAACAGGGACGAAGCGGAGAAGUGCAUUAAUAUCGCCACCGCCGCGCUGCAGGCCGGGGACCGGGACCGCGCCGCCCGCUUCCUCCACAAGGCCGAGAAACUCUACCCCACCGACAGAGCCAGAGUACUGUUGGAGGCGUUGUCGAGGAACGGCAGCUCGGCCGGUAAUGGAGGAGCGUACUGCAGAAAACCAGCCAAUGGGACAGAAGCUCCUCCCCCUCAGCAGCCGGGUCAGAACCAGGAAGCGGGACCCGGAGACGCCACUAAAGGCUUCACCAAGGAUCAGGUGGAAGGGGUUCAGAAGAUAAAGCGGUGUAAGGACUACUAUGAGGUGCUGGGUGUGGGUAAGGAGGCGAAUGAGGAGGAGCUGAAGAAAGCCUACAGGAAGCUGGCGCUGAAAUUCCACCCGGAUAAGAAUCAGGCUCCCGGAGCCACAGAGGCCUUUAAAAAGAUCGGUAACGCGUACGCAGUGCUCAGUAACACAGAUAAGCGGCGGCAGUAUGACCUCACCGGCGGGGAGGAGCCGAGCAGUCCAGGACACAGCCCCCACGGAGGCUUCGACUUCCACCGAGGCUUCGAGGCAGAUAUCACCCCGGAGGAUCUCUUCAACAUGUUCUUCGGAGGAGGAUUCCCCUCCUCGACUACACACACGUUUACGAACAGCCGCACUCGCUACACUCAGCAGACAGAACACGCCAGAAGAGAGAGGGAGGAGCGGGGAGAUGGAGGAUUCUCUAUGUUUAUCCAGUUGAUGCCGAUAGUGGUUCUGAUCCUGGUGUCGGUUCUGAGUCAGCUGAUGGUUUCGACUCCUCCCUACAGCCUGUAUUCCAGACCGUCGACGGGUCAGACGGUGAAGAGGCAGACGGAGAACCUGCGAGUGGAUUAUUACGUCACCAGAGACUUCAAAUCUGAGUAUAAGGGCUCUGCACUGCAGAAGAUCGAGAAGAGCGUGGAGGAUGAUUACGUCACCAAUGUCCGCAACAACUGCUGGAAGGAACGACAGACGAAAACAGACCUGCUGUACGCCGCUAAAGUGUACAGGGACGAGCGGCUGCGCAAGAAGGCCGAGCUCAUGACCAUGGACAACUGCAAAGAACUGGAGAGACUAAACGAGCUGUUCCGCGGCGGAUGAGAUUCAGGCCCCCACAGACUCUCUUAGAGGAUAUAUAUGAGAGAUAUAUAUGUAUAUGUAAUAUGUAAAUGUUUUUUUAAGGAAAGAAAUCACAAAUGUAGGAGGAAGAAGGUACUAAAAAAAACAACCCAAUUUAACAUGUACACUACUGUGAACGCUCUCUUACUGUCAGUCCCGUUCCCAGACCUCCCUGCCACACACACCUGCCACACAUUCCUCACCUCACUUGGAAUAUAUGCCUUGCUGCGGUUCAGCAAACAUAAGUUCAUCAACAGAACAGAACCGACUUCCCGACACCUUUUCUAUCUCUCUGGACGAGCGACCAGCGACUAUAUGAAGGAUAACGCGGCUGAACUCCGGACGGUUCUAGAAGGACAGACUGGUUCUGGCUGGAAGGUGGACUCAUCCAAUCCCACAUCUUCCUCGUUUCUGCUGCUUCUUCCACAUUCGCUCGAAUAAAUAAAGACUUUCUAAAGACUUCGUAUCUCCGGGGGGACGUAGCUACGUAGGCUUCCUCCCAGAAAUCUUAGCGGCAGUAGUAACUCGGAGAAACCACUGUUAGAUUGUUUGCUAUUCCACAUCGAAGCUCCAAGAUCACGAACGGUAUCGGAACGAGCUGCGAGACCCAGUUUUCCUGAAGGCCUCAGAAGCGCGGGUCAGGACCCUGCUGGACGGACCUCUGAAACCAUUUUGAUUCAUGUCGUUGUAAAUUUUAAUUCUGAAUGUUUGAAGUUAUUUAAGUCUCUAGAGAACUGAGAUAUUUCUUGCUUGACUAAUCAUUUGAAUAAAGUUUAAAUUAUUACUGA